GCCGCCCCUGUCCACCACGCUGCUCCCUACCAUGCUGCCCCUGUUGUCCAUGCUGCCCCUGCCCCUUAUCAUGCCCCUGCUCCUUAUCACGCCCCUGCUCCCUACCACGAGGAGAAAGAGACCCCUGAGCCCUACUCCUACACCUAUGGAGUUUCUGAUGACUACUCUAAGGCUGCUUUCCAGGCUGCUGAAUCUGCUGAUGGCAGUGGUGCUGUUGUCGGAUCUUACUCUGUUGCUCUUCCUGAUGGCAGAACCCAGCACGUUAAGUACACUGCUGACCACUACAAUGGAUAUGUUGCUGAUGUAUCUUACGAGGGAGUUCCCGUCUACCCAGAGGUUAAGGCCUAUGCACCUGCUCCUUAUGCCCCUGCACCUUACCAUGCUUAAGUAUAUGAUGUAAUGCAGGAUAUUUAUCUAAUAUUUAUUUGAAAUAUAUCUCGCAAUUAUUCUA